UCAAAACCUUAAAAAAUUAUACCUUUAGUGCCGGUGCUCCUAUUUUCAGCACACAAAGGACUUACAAAUUGUUUUGAUUCUAACCUAAUUCGUCUAUAGUUAAUUUGUCUUGUUCGACACUCACUUCAAUAGUGCUUGUUUCAAUCGAUGUCUACGGUCUAUUGAUGAUGAGCGUUUGCACCUCGUUUAGAGAUCGAAGGCUUUCUCCUAUAAUUUACAAGCCCAGAAAAAAAGUUAUUUCUUUUCUCCUUAUCUUCAGUUAUUUAAAUAGAAAAAACUGCUACCUUAAGUCGUAUAAUUUCAUUCCUUUCGCAUUUUCCUUCCUUACAGAUUGAUACUUUCCCCCCUUCUAUCUAUACGAGUCUAUUAUCCAGUACUACGUUCUUUCUAAUCAUUCACAACACUACAUUGAAAACGCACUUAAACAAUCCCAACUUACACUGUAAUUCACGUAGAAAAAUAUGACAACACAAUCACUCACGAAUAGCAAUAAUAUGAACGUCAACGAGGAGUAUCUUUUAAGCUUACGCGCAGUACGUGAAAGAUGCUUCAAAGUGCAAGAGGCAGCUGUCAGGAACAAGCUCCAGCACUUUGACAUUGAUACUUCCAAAUUACAAGACAUUGUUCAAUUCGUUAUAUCUAUUAUAAAAAGGGAUUUCGACGAUCCUUCUAAAAUCCCUACACAUGGACGUUGGAGACAUUUUGAUGCAGAUGGCUAUCCUCGUGUUCAAACAUUGAUCAACUCCUGGGCAAGCCUCGGAAUCGACAAAACUGAACAGACCAGACGAGUUCUGGACUUAAUGGUAGUGGCUGUCAUACUCGAUCUGAAUCCUUCUCACAAUUAUUCGUAUCAGGAAGCAUCUUCCGGUCGAUUGUAUAAGAAGAAAGAAGGCAUAGCUAUUGCUAUCCUAGAGAUGUAUAUGAAAGGCCUAUUUUCUGCAAAUCCUGAUCAGCCGCAUCGAGUUGACUCGAACGCGAUCAUGGCAUUGCAAAUAACUGAUCUAUUAGCCGGCUUUAAAGGAACCUCUGAAACGUUGAACGAUUUAGAGGAAAGAUUUAAGCUUUUGAAACACCUUGGCCAUAAGCUACAACAUUGCUCUGAUUAUUUCAGGAACAACGAAGAUCAAGCUUUCCGUCCUGGAAAUAUGUUAGACUAUAUAUUAAACCAUCCUACAACAAUCACAACAAAAAAAGGCCCCCUAAUACUUCUAGAAACAAUUUGGCCGAUCAUUUUAGAAAUAGGUGAGCUUUGGUCCGUCCCCCAAACUGAUCCAGAAUCCAAUAGUGAUGGUGCAACCUUGACACUGGGUGAUGUUUGGUCCUGUCCUAUUAUCUCAUGCGCUGACCAAAUGGUGCCAUUCCAUAAAUUCUCUCAAUGGAUGUUGUAUUCUUUGAUUGAGCCUAUGGAGAAGAUGUUGGGUGCAAUGAUCGAAGGAACCGAACAAUUGACACCCCUUCCUGAUUAUGCUAAUGGCGGAUUGCUUAUUGAUACAGGAUUCAUAACCCUUAAAGCAUCUGAUUUUGAUAGGGGAAUAAAGAAUCAUAAGGAAAACUCACUUUUGCAAGGGCAGCCUAAGAUGGAAAUAACGCCUAUGUUUGAUAUAUCUGAUCCUGUUAUUACCGAAUGGCGCGCUCUAACAAUUGCUUAUUUGGAUCUGGUAGCUGAACGUGUUCGCUCCGUGAUGAAUCUGAAUCGACGGUCGUUAACGUUAUCUCAAUUGAUGGAGGGAGGCACUACCAGUGCUGGUAAGGAGUUAGCUGAGAUUUCCAGACCGAAUACACAGGAGCCACCUAUUAUAAUAAAGUGUGACGGAGUCCUUAUACAAUAGAAAUUGAACCAUUCAGGAUAUGGUGCAAGAUAUGGUGCGUUAACUUUUCUUACGACAAUGAUUCGAUUAUUGUACGUUCCGAUAUUUAAACCUGCUAUGCCUCUCAAUACCGUCAUCAUAUAUAUACUACGCUUGACGAUCGUAUUUAAUAAAUUAUUGACAGUGUUCCGCAAUGCCAUUACAGUGAGACAUUAGCUAUUCAAAGUUGUAUUUAAGAUAGUUAAAGUUUAC